UUUAUUUAUGCUUAUUAAUUAUUGUUUGGGAACUUAUUUGACAUUUAAGAACACAUGGCAGAUUGUUACCAAAAACAAAAAAUGAGUGCAUCCGAUACUGGAGGAGUUAAGCCAAUGUCCAUUGCUGGCCGCAUGGUACGUGAACGCGAGCGUCUGAUUGGCAUGACCGACGAAGAACGUGCUUGGCGAAAGCAAUGGUUGAAAGACUUGGAGAUUCAUCAUGGACCCUGCGCUGUGCCUGCUCUUGAAAGAGAACUGCAAAAUCCUAUCAAGCGUUUUUAUAGAAUGCCUUUGGAUAAAUUAUGUGAUGUAUUGACACCCGUUUUGGGCCAUGGGCGUGCUUUCGCUAUACGAUUUUGGACAGGCAAAAUUGGCUUGUUUUUGGGGGCAGUAUAUGGCGGUUUCUAUUAUUUUAAAUACAACCAAAACGAUUGGACACGCAAAGGAGGCUGGCGCGUGGUUUCCUCCCGUGUGGCUUGUAAUCCGGGUGACCCAGGGUUUCCUCAGGUGUCAGAACGCAUUAAACCUUCGGAUUAUGGCGCAAGGGGUUUUAAAAAGUCUCCUAUAUAGUCCAAAUAUAACAAUUUUCCAUUGAAACGUGCUUGAAAGUUUUUCAAAGAAUGUGAAGCUGCUAAAGCUUAUCAGCUACAUUACUGCGACAAUAUAUAGAAGAAAAUAUUUAAAACUA